AUGUCAUAUCAGCUAUUAUUUCCAAUCAUUCGGAACCAUCCACACAAAUCUACGGAAAACGAAAACGACAACACUAAAGUAACAUUUUUUCAGAUCACAACGAAACCUGUUAUUACAGAUUUUUUGAGACCCGAAAGUAUAUUCUGUAAGCCCGUUGAUAUCCGGUGCUCUUGCAGUGUAGCGGCGGUAUCUCCAUCGGCUACCGGACCGUUUUCCGAACCGUCUUUUAUUGGUCAGCCGCAACCUUUGAUCAGAAAGCUCGAAUUACUGGAAGCGGUCUAUAAAGGUUCCUCUGCGAGUUCGUUUGGCACAAUUGAGCUCACCUUCAAAUACCUUGUCGGAGCAUGGCCCUUAGGGCUUGAGGAUUUGGAGGUGACGCCAAUGAUGAAUGGGGAUUUUUGUGAGAAAGCAGCUGUCAAUCAAAGCGUGACUCUGUCUAGAGCUGUUGAUCAAAGCGUGCCUCUGCCCACCUAUGCUCAAGGUUUCCUUGGCACCAUAGUCGCUCGAUUAGAUGCCGACGCUAUGUAUCGUAGAUGCCACUACCUCUACUAUGCUGAUGAGGUCAAGAGUAAACAAUGUGGAAUUCGGUCGUCUCCUAUAGCCAUAUACGCGCAACCAUUAAUACUAAGUGAGUUUUCAGCACCAGCUGAUUUUCUUAUAUCAUCUUAA